AGAAGCAAAGAAAAUACAAUGUUAAAGAAAAACUACACACCUGUGACUGAGUUUAUUCUCCUGGGACUGACAGAUCGAGCUGAAUUGCAACCUGUCCUUUUUGUGGUAUUCCUACUGAUCUAUCUUAUCACAGUAAUAGGCAAUGUGACCAUGAUUUUGUUAAUCAGAAGUGACUCAAAACUUGACACUCCAAUGUAUUUCUUCCUCAGUCACCUCUCCUUGGUAGAUGUCUGUUAUUCCACUACUGUCACUCCUCAGAUGCUAGUUAAUUUCUUAUCCAAGAGAAAAACCAUUUCCUUCACUGGUUGUUUGAUGCAAUUCCACUUUUUUAUUUUCCUGGUGAUCACUGACUAUUAUAUCCUUGCAGUAAUGGCUUAUGACCGCUACAUGGCCAUCUGUAAGCCUUUGUCAUAUGGGAGUAAAAUGUCCAGACGUACCUGCUUCUCUCUGGUUGCUGCUCCCUAUAUUUAUGGCUUUGCCAAUGGUCUGGCACAGACCAUCCUGAUGCUUCGUCUGUCCUUCUGUGGACCCAAUGAGAUCAACCACUUUUACUGUGCGGACCCACCUCUCAUAGUCCUUGCCUGCUCAGAUACCUAUGCCAAAGAAACUGCCAUGUUUGUGGGGGCUGGUUUCAACCUUGCUUGUUCUCUUACCAUCAUCCUCAUCUCUUAUAUUUUCAUCUUCACAGCCAUCCUGAGCAUCCACUCAGUUGAUGGUAGGUGCAAAGCCUUCUCCACCUGUGGAUCCCAUCUGAUGUCUGUCACCAUCUUUUAUGGAACUCUGUUCUGCAUGCAUUUGAGUCCCCCUUCUGAGACAUCUGUAGAAGAGGGCAAAAUUGUAGCUGUUUUUUAUAUCUUUGUGAGUCCUAUGUUAAAUCCUUUUAUCUAUAGCCUGAGGAACAAAGAUGUUAAAAGAGUAAUAAGGGAACUUAUUCAAAAGAAAUUAUUUGCAAAAUAA